UUGUUGUUUCAGGCCGAAUAUAAUGCAGCUGACGUAAUAGUGAUGACCAUAAUAAGAUGCCUGGCCGUGCUAUAUUCGUACUACCAGUUCUGCAAACUACAAAAAAUAGGCUCUAAAUACAUUCUUGGAAUUGCAGGACUGUUCACGGUAUUCUCGAGCUUCAUUUUCACAACGACAGUAUUGAAGCUAUUGAAAAUAAACAUAGCUGACCUAAAAGAUGCGCUGUUCUUUUUUCUUUUGUUGAUCGACCUGUCAAAAGCUGCUAUGCUUGCCCAGUUUGCUUUAACUGCGUCAAAUCAAACUGAAGUAAAACGCAACAUUGCCAGAGGUAUGUCCCUGCUGGGGCCUACAAUUACCUUGGACACUAUAGUCGAAACCUUAGUUUUAGGUGUUGGAACAUUGUCAGGUAUUCAAAGACUUGAGACGCUGUCAUAUUUUGCUUGCCUGUCAGUAUUGGUGAACUAUGUAGUUUUUAUGACAUUCUAUCCUGCCUGCCUGUCACUGAUAUUAGAGUUAUCGCGUUAUGGGAAGAAAAACUGCCUUUUAAUUUCAAAAGCUUUCAAAGAAGAGGACCACAAGGCAAAUCCUGUAGUGCACAGAGUUAAGCUCAUUAUGUCAGCCGGUCUGAUGCUAGUCCAUGCACAGAGCCGCUGGCCUUUCCGUAACGAAGAUGCUGACGAUAUUCCACACAUUGGUGCCGAACAUCUAGCCCUGAACAAAACUGACGAACCUGCCCUACAUGGUUACAUCAUGAGAUGGAUGUACCUAAGCGCAGACCAUAUAGUGAUUCUGAUACUACUGCUGGCCUUGGUUGUCAAAUUCAUAUUUUUUGAAAACAAGGACGACUUUGCCGAACAAAUAAAGGCAGAAUUUUCGAAUUGUAAGGAUAUUGACCAAAGUUUGAAUGACCAAGUAAAACAGCAAUUUAAACCAGAAAUGGCACUGUUUAAGCCCAAUGACACUUUCUUUAUUGAAAAUAGUGAUGGAGAAAAUUCAGACGGACCAGAAACGGAAGAGAAAGCAGUGCAAACAACAAAGUAUGAUUUCGUGCAGGAGAAUUAUUUUCAAGAAAAAGAAGAAUCAAAACCUGAAAGAAGUUUAGAUGAAUGCUUGGCAAUUUACAACUCAGACUUAGGAGCAGUAGCCUUAACAGACAACGAAGUAAUUUUAUUGGUGAAACACAAACAUAUCGCAGCCUAUCAGAUAGAAAAAGCAGUUGACGACCAUGUGAGAGGCGUUGGAAUUAGAAGAAAGAUCUUAGCUAGGGAAGCCAAUAUACUGAAGGCUCUUACAGACUUACCCUAUAUGAACUACGAUUAUGGACUGGUUAUGGGUGCAUGUUGCGAAAACGUGAUAGGAUACAUGCCCGUCCCUGUAGGCUAUGCUGGUCCGCUGAUUUUGAAUGGUGCCGAGCUUUACGUACCAAUGGCCACAACUGAAGGCUGUCUAGUCGCUAGCACAAAUAGAGGCUGUAGGGCUUUGAAACCAGGUGGAGUCACCAGCAGAGUAGUGGCAGACGGAAUGACCCGAGGACCUGUUGUGAGGUUUCCCUCAAUCACUGAUGCUAGUGCGGCGAUGAAAUGGAUGGAAUCUCCCGAAAAUUUCCUUCUCAUCAAGGAUCAAUUCGACUCCAGUAGCAGAUUCGCUAGAUUGGCAAAGAUCCUGAUAAAGAUCGCAGGUCGAUAUUUGUUCAUUAGAUUUGUUGCUAAGACUGGCGAUGCUAUGGGUAUGAACAUGAUAUCAAAAGGCACCGAAAUUUCCCUCAAAUAUGUACAGACUGUGUUCCCUACCAUGGAUAUAGUGAGUCUCAGUGGCAACUUUUGUACGGAUAAGAAACCAUCUGCCGUCAACUGGAUUGAAGGAAGAGGUAAAUCAGUGGUUUGUGAAGCGGUGAUUCCAGCAAAAACAGUGAUGACAGUACUUAAAACGACAGUCCAGGCUCUGGUAGAUGUGAAUUACUCAAAGAAUAUGAUCGGGUCAGCGGUAGCCGGGAGCAUCGGUGGAUUUAACGCCCAUGCAGCAAAUAUCGUCACAGCUAUCUUCAUUGCAACUGGCCAGGAUCCUGCGCAAAAUGUUGGAAGUAGUAACUGCAUGACUUUGAUGGAGCCGUAUGGACCGAAAGGGGAAGACUUGUACAUCUCUUGCACAAUGCCCUCGAUAGAAAUAGGAACAAUAGGAGGCGGUACAGUCCUGCCAGCACAGGCAGCCUGCCUAGAAAUGCUCAAAGUGAAAGGUGCUCAUCCAGAACUUCCUGGAGAAAAUGCCAGCCAGUUAGCCAGAAUAGUCUGCGGUAUGGUUCUUGCUGGAGAGCUGUCCCUUAUGGCUGCAUUGGCUGCUGGACAUCUGGUCAGAAGCCAUCUGAGACACAACCGAUCUAGCACCCUGCUACCACAAACUACGAGCUACCGCGAGAAAAUCUGCACUAAUGAUAACCUUUUGGCUCCUCCUUGCAGGGAUAUUUAAGGAGAUUAAUGUUGUUAUUUAUUUUUGAGGUGUUAUAAAUGUAUUUACUUAUUUAUGGUAGCAUAGAGCAUUUGGAAGAUGUUGCAGUUGGCAGGAGAUAAGCAGACUGGAUCAAGUAGUAGAUAGCUGAUGAAUGAUGAACGAUUCCACUAGAAGCCAGUUUUCUUGUUUAUCGUUAUGCGCAUGUGAUAAUUUAUCUAAAAUCAAAAUUUACUGUGAUAAAUCCAAACGACUAUGGAUACAAAAUAAAUAUGCAAGACAUCCACCGUCCAAUGUCAAAAUCAGGUGUUUACUGAGUUCAGUGAUGACCUUGCAUUUGACCUUGAGGGUCACCUUCAAGGUUGCGUCAAGUCACAGCGUCAUUCGAAAGAGCAAAAAAUUCUGCUAACGAAUAUGUAUUACGAUCUAAGACCAAUGCCACCUCUGUGACCUCAAAUGUGUGAGGCUAGAAAAAUUCCUACAGGUUCAGUACCUUUCAACAAAAAUCAAUAUUAACCUUGAAGUUGACCUUGAGCCUCACCUUCAAGGGCAUAAUACUAUAUGAGUAAGUAUCAUCGUUCAAAGAGCAUAGAUUCCCAGUUAAACAAAGAGUUGACCUUGAAAUGACUGAAGACGUUUGAGGCUCAUGCAAGGUCACUAUUGAAGUCUUGCUGAGGAUUUUUCCAUCAACAAUCCUACUAAGCUUCUAGGAAGUUUCCCACGGCAAAUGCCUAUAGAUGCCAAAUGAAUAUACAAGACAUCCACCGUCCAAUGUCAAAAUCAGGGGUUUACUGAGUUCAGUGAUGACUUUGUAUUUGACCUUGAGCGUCACCUUCAAGGUUGCGUCAAGGAUACAGCGGCAAUCGAAAGAGAAAAAAAUUCUGCUAACGAAUAUGUAUUACGAUCUAAGACCAAUGCCACCUCUAUGACCUCAAAUGUGUGAGGCUAAAGAAAAUUCCUACAGGUUCAGUACCUUUCAACAAGAAUUAAUAUUAACCUUGAAGUUGACCUUGAACCUCACCUUCAAGGGCAUAAUACUAUAUGAGUACGUAUCAUUGUUCAAAGAGCAUAGAUUCCCAGUUAAGCAACGAGUUGACCUUGAAAUGACUGAAGAAGUUCGAGGCUCAUGCAAGGUCACUAUUGAAAGCUUGCUGAGGAUUUUUCCAUCAACAAUCCUACUAAGCUUCUAGGAAGUUCCUCACGGCAAACGACUCUAGAUACCAAAUGAAUAUACAAGACAUCCACCGUCCAAUGUCAAAAUCAGGUGUUUACUGAGUUCAGUGAUGACCUUGCAUUUGACCUUGAGCGUCACCUUCAAGGUUGCGUCAAGGACACAGCGGCAAUCGAAAGAGCAAAAAAUUCUGCUAAUGAAUAUGUAUUACGAUCUAAGACCAAUGUCACCUGUGAAGGUCAAAUGUAUGAGGCUAAAGAAAAUUUCUACAGGUUCAGUGCCUUUCAACAAGAAUCAAUAUUAACCUUGAUGUUAACCUUGAGCCUCACCUUCAAGGUCAUAAUAGUAUAUGAGUACGUCCAUUGUUCAAAGAGGAUAGAUUCCCAGUUAAACAUAGAGUUGACCUUGAAAUGACUGAAGACGUUCGAGGCUCAUUCAAGGUCACUAUUGAAAUUCUUUCUGGAAGAACAAUCCUACUAAGUUUCUAGCAAGUUUCCCACGCCAAACUACUAUGGAUACCAAAUGAAUAUACAAGACAUCCACCGUCCAAUGUCCACUAUACUGGGUGUAAGAAAAGUAACAGAACAGCUCUGCACUAGUCCAAGGUAUUUUUGAGACAGGUUCAGACAGGUCAGGCCUUUUACUGAAUUUGAACAACAAGCGCAGUGAUGACUUUAAGUUUGAUCUUGAGACUCACCUUCAAGGUUGUGUCAAGGUGAAUUUUGGUUUCUUUUUGACAGCGGCAUUCGAAAGAGCGAAAAAUUCUUCCCGAAUAUGUAUCACGAUCCAUGUCACCUCUAUAGGUCAGAUGAAAGUCAAUUGUGUGAGGCUACAGAAAAUUCUUACAGGUACAGUAACUUUCAACAACAAUCAAUAUUACCAACCUUGAAGUUUACCUUGAGCCUCACCUUCAUGGUCAUGUAGAGAACGUAUUAUUGUUCAAAGAGGAGGGAUUCCCUCUUAAGCAAAGAGUUGACCUUGAAAUGACUGAAGAUGUUCAAGGCCUUUAGGACGCUAUUGACAUUCUUGCUGAAAGAAAAAAGGAUUUUUCCAUCAACAAUCCUACUAAGCCUCGCAGUUUUGAGAGGUCCUUGAUUCAUUUUGUUACGUAAUAAAAUUUAUCCUGAACUUUCAAUUGCCGAUUUAAUUUACAAACCUCACCCUUGAAGGUGAGGUGGAUAUCUGAUUAUUGUAAGCGUCGUCUUCCAUAGCGUUUUACCUUCCUUUCCGCAAGAUUUCUGGCGUUGUAACUGCUAUUUUUACGUCAAUAUGCUCAAAGUCAGAGCCAUUGAGUGCUUUCUUGAAGUGAGUGCCUUUGUUUAAUCUGGCUGAAACCACAGGGUGGAUAUUUUUUCACAGCUCUUAUUGAAAUAUUGUUACGAAAACGACCGUAACUGUGACUGACUGCUUCCGUCAUCUGGUCGGGUAUUUAUUCCCCUGUCGACGAGUCGAGAUAUGUUCCAGCAUUUUCCAGGCCGAGUCACGAACGUCCAUGGAAGUAUCUAAUAUUCAUACGAGAGUAUAUCUCGCUGGUACCCAGAGUUCCAGUUAUAGGGCGUUGCAAUAUGUUAGCGUUAUUUAAUUUUAAGAACCAGCAAUAGAAACUGGACUCCAGUUGUCAGCACAACGGAAGUUUAAUACUGUUUCUUUAACGAAUGUCUGGAACGAGAUGACGUCUAGUACUGAGGGUUCCCAAGCCUUAAAAUGAAGUAUGCACCCAACAGACUCUGAACUUUAUAUUAAAUUUUCCAAGCAUUGCCUAAUGAAUCCUAAAAUAUCAAAAGUAAAUUUUGAGAACGGACGCGAGGAAAGUAAUUCAAAGUAUGACAUUCAUUUUGCGGUAUCCUGUACAUCCACAUUAAGAAAUGUUCAAAGGUUCUUGGAUAUCAAAUAUACAGGGUGUUCCGUACAUUAAUGGACAUAGUAAGGCGUUAGGUAGUAUGGACCGAGACUGUUUUAUAUCUGAAAGUUGAAAAGUUCUAAAUUCAAUUUUUACCGAUAUACAGGGUGAUUCAUCUAAACCCACCAAAUGCUUAAUAUCACAUAUCUCAGGCACCAUUGAACGGAUUUUGUUGACAUUUUGCAUGAUAAAAAAGUUGACUAGGAGUAACUCAAAACUAUACGGACGGGGUCAGACUCGAUUUUUCUUAUUAUCUUGUUUUUUAUCAAAAUCAACACCUUUUAAGCUGGAUUUGACUAUGUAUAAAAAAAUAGAUUGAUUGCGCCUCUUUUAGCUUUUUAGUAAAAAAAAAACUAUUUAUUCAGAUAUCUUAUUUUUAGCAGUUUAAGCUUAAAAUUUUGAGGGUUAUCAACUUAGUUUUACCAACAUUUUACAAAAUUAUGCUUGGAAUUGAACUGAGGGAACUAAGAAUUCCAGUGUCGGAUUUUUUUAUUUCCUUGUAUUUUGAUGAGUGCAACGCUCUGUAAGUUAUGUUCUAGAUUUAUUAUUUCGCAAAAAAAUGAGGAAAAUCGGGCUCGGAUCUGGAUUUUUGAAGCGGCCGUAUAGUUAUACGUAAAUCCUAGGCAACUUUGUUAUCGUACAAAAUUUCAAUAAAAUCGGUUCAAUAGUUCCUGAGACAUACGGUAUUAAAUAUUAUUGAUGAUUUGGUGGGCUUAGAUAAAUCACCCUGUAUAUCCGUACAAACUGAACUUAGGACUUGAUUUUCAGAUAUGAAGCGGUCUUCGUCUAUGCAACCUACCAUUUUACUAUAUCCAUUUGAGUACGGAACAACCUGUAUGUACAUUGGGCAAACUUCCAUUGUACAUACAAAAUUGAACUUCCAUUGCAUCUUCUAGAAGCUCAAUCUGACAAGUUGGCAUGUUUCGUCGGAUAUUUAGAUUCUUCAUUCCUCGAGUUUGGUGGAAAAUACCCAUUUCUCUUUCUUGGAAAUAGUGAAAUGAUAGUGCUCGUUCAUUUUUGCUGUCUACUACUUCAGGUCAGUCUGGAAAAUACCUGAGCGUGUAUUUUUUUGUAUUUUACGUCGUUGCAAAAAUUAGGAAUUUAGCGAUUUUUAGAACUCUGCUGGCCUAUUCUAAAAUUGUACCGAGCAAUGGUGUAUUUCCGACAAAUUAUGAAACUUUGCAUCCUUUAAAUAUCCUGAUUUUUGCCGACAUUUAUUCAGUUUGUAAAUUGGCGUAUUUUAGUUAACUUAUUUUCCAUUGUUUUAUCACAUGUUCUUCACCGAAUACGACUUCUUGUUAAGCCACGAAGUAUUACGAAAAAAUGAUACGCAGGAACAUCGAAUGCGCACACUUGAAAUGCACACCUCUUUUGUUACAAUAUACUGGGUGUUCAUUUGAAAACUUAUUUAUCGAAAACCACUGAUUAAAAGAAAAAACGCCGAGACACGUUAAAGGAUUUGUCAAGGAGGACAACGUUUUAACCAAAAACUACUUCACCCCUUUUCACCCUCUGCCCCCAGGGUCAUCCGCUUAAAAAUUUUAAAUGACAAAAGGGUAUCGAGUGAUAGCUUGUUUGAAAGGUAUUUCAAAUUCCUUUAUUUCGACGUUUGAUUUUUUUAAAUCAGUCGAUUCGUUUCCAAGAAAAUUAUAAAAAUCUUUAUUUAUCUUAAUUUGUUCAGAUAGAUAUCAAAAAUACACGAAAAUAUCACCUUUAUUUCAAUAAGUGUUCAAAAUGUUGCCCCUUAAACUUUCAGGUUGGGAAGUAAACACAAUAGAUUUCAAUUGGCCCCAUAGAAAAAAGUCUAAUGGCGUCAAAUCAGGAGAUCUACCAGGCCAUUCUAUAGGCCCCCUUCGCCCUAUCUAGUAAGACAGUGCUCCUCCUCACUACGUUCUUCGGCAAUGGCUAGGCGACGAGUUUCCAGGUUAACGGAUAGGGCGAAGAGGGCCUAUAGUAUUGACGUCAUUACUUUUUUCUAUGGACCCAUUUGAAAUCUAUUGUGUUUACUCCCCAACCUGCAAGUUUGGAUGAACUUCUUCAACGCAUCAUCGAAAGCUGCCAUGGUAUCCCACAACAUAUUUUUGAAAAUGUCAGUCUGGAAUUUCAACAUCGCCUAUAUCAUUGUCUGGCCAAUAACGGGCAAAAUUUUGAACACUCAUUGAAAUACAAAGUGAUUCGUGUGUUUAUGUUUUCUAUCUGAACAAGAUAAAUGAAGAUUUUUAUAAUUUUCUUGAAAACGAAUCGACCGAUUUUAAAAAAUCAAACGUCAAAAUAAUGGACUUUAAAGGACCUAUCAAAUAAUAUAUUACUCGAUACCCCUUGACUUUUAACUUUUUUAAGGGGUUGACCCUGGGGGCAGAGGGUGAAAGGGGGUCAAGUAGGUCUUAAUUAAAAAGUUGUCCCCUCUGACAACUCUCUUGACGUGUCUAAGCGUUUUUCCUUUUAAUCAGUGGUUUUCGAUAAAUCCGUGGUAAGAAGUUUUCAGAUGAACACCCUGUUUAUCAAAAUGCAGAUGCCGUCCAUUGUCCAAUAACUGUACAAAAUUGGAACAUUAUUUGAUCUGUUUUAACAGAUAAAAAUAUACCUGAUGUAUCUUAAUGCUGAUAGCUCUGUACAGAUGUAUAGCUUUAUCUAACUACUAGUUACCGUAGGAGGAUAGUACACCAGUAAGGAGUCAUCUAUGAGACGUCAAAAAGGUCUUGAGCGAUUUUGCCUGAAAUCCAAAACACUUGAAUGAUAUGCAGAUAACCCAAGAAAUUCAUAUGGAACUUAUACUUUCGAUCACUUUGUCUUAAACGUUAGGUUAGAUUUCAAGGUCAUCUCAUUCAUCUCUGAGACUGAGCUUACUCUGAAAGAUCCAGUUACUCAAAACUUUCACUUUUGCUCAGAAUAUUUGCUACAAGGUCAAGGUUACAUUUCAAGAUUCCUUUGCUUAUACUUCCAGGGUAGUUCGUUGCUUAAUAAUACAAUAAUUGUCUGUGAUGUUCAUCCGAGUUUUUCUAUUUGUUAAAUGGGAACAGUUCGAAGAAUGUAUUUGUUACAUGAAAGGAGUCGAAUGAUUAUUUUCUAUUAUAUUUAAUGUGUUGUAAAUAAAAUGUUUCAAUAUGCA